CAAUGAUUUCCUUUCAUUCUUUAUAUUUUACUCGUCUCUCUUUUUUUAUUCCUUACUCUCUCCCUUUCCUUUUCCUCCACACUCCACCCCCGUUACGUCUUUUUUUAUUUUAUUUUAUUUUUCAUUGUUAUUGUUACUAUUCUGAAUGACCAUUUGCUAAAGACUCCGUUUUAACCAAGAUAAUUAUAAAGAAAAGAAAAGAAAAGAACAUAAAAAAAAAAAAAAUCAAUUUCUAUACACGUCUAUCCUCUCUUUCCACCUCUCUUUUUUUAUAUAUUUUUCUGAAUCACACAACCAUGGGAGGAAUCAUCUCAAGGCUUCGUCAGAGCAAUGAUUCUGACUAUGAAAAAAUCCUAUCAGAUCUCGACAGCAACAUCCGGAAAGCAGAAUUGAGACUCUCGGCCAUUCAUGUACGGGAGAGACGACUGCUGGGUCAUUGGAUGACCUACUCAAUUUUUAUAUGGAUUCUAUAUACAGCAGUCUUUGCAUUAUAUCUUCAUCAAAAAUACCAAAAUGACCCUCAAUUCUGGGCACUAAGUCUCUCGCCUGUUCUCCUUGGUCUACCAAUAUUUUUCGUAGGCCGCUUUUUGAUCACUGUUUGGUACAAGCGUGCAAAGUCGAAUGAAGAAAUCCAGCUUAAUUUACUCAGAGCGGAUCAAAGACUCAAAGUCGAGGAGCUCAAGAAAAAGACUGCAUACUACUCAACAAAGACUCUUCUGGAGCGUUACGACCCUGCUUCUCAAAGAUCAGCAAGUCAAAAAUCCGUUGGCCUUGAUGGAAAGCCCGUCCCUGCUCUACAGAAUGGGCAGUCUCGACCUCAUCAAACUAAUAUGAUGGAUCCUGGUCUUCGACAGCGCCAAGGACCUGGUGUUGCAAAUACCCAGGGAAUGCCUAUGAAUCAAGGACGUCAAUUAGGAGUCUCGUCAGGAGUGCAACAGCAACACCAUCAACAGCCACCUCAUAUGGGCCCGGGCCCUCAGAGUGGACCCAGAGGGCCUCAAGGAAUUCAAGGUCCUCAAAUGCAUCAGUUUAACCCAGCACAUACGCACUCCAAUGGGGGUAGGUCACCUCCAUAUGCACCACCCAGCACAGAGAGACAUUGGUAUGACAAGAUUGUUGAUGUGAUCGUUGGAGACGAGGGGCCAGAUACGAAGUACGCUCUGAUUUGUGGACAAUGCUAUGCCCAUAAUGGACUUGCCCUACCUCAGGAAAUAGAGGAUAUCCAAUACGUCUGCCCAAAGUGCAACUUUUUUAACCCAUCGCGUAGAAAAGCUCGCUUGGCUGCACAGGGUCUUCAGCCUCCGUCGACACCUGAACAGACUUUGCUUCGGGCACAGGGAAUGCCACUUCCUUUAUCUCGCGACCCUUCCCCUGCCCCCACUGGUCGACGUUCGCCUCAUUUAGCUAACCACUCUCGACAGGACGAAUUUAAUGUGGAGAACAACGGUCCUGAGCGAGUGCCUAAUCUUCAACUCAAUGAAGACCAUGUCAACCGUUCAGGGUCAGAAGACAAUGGAUUCGUGAACAACUGGAACGAUAGUGAUGUUGAGGGCGUGAGCCACAAUGAAGAUGAUGGCGAGGCAGAAGAAGAAGUUAAUGACUCGGCCAAGGCUCAAGGCUAUGAUAUCGGUGCUGAGGAGGAAGAGGAAGAAGUAUCUGAAGUUGUACCAAAGAAAAUCGGAACUAAGAAGACUGAAUCAGGAAUCACGACAAGAGCAGCAGCAGCAGCGACAAGAAAGAAGAAGUCAAAGCGUGCAUGAUAAUGACAAGCAGGUUUUAAGAUCAUCAUUUAGCGUGGAUUGACAUAUCUCAUCGGCAUAAAAAAAAGAAAAAAAAA